CAUAUAUUGAUUUUAGAAAGAUUAUUUGGAAUAUUAAAGCUAAUUAAUGAAGACUGAUAUCAUUUUUGGCAAAUAUUUAACACCUCAUAAAAUUGCUUUGCUGGUACUAGUUGAACUAUACUGCAGCUUUCUUCUCCCUCCUAAACAUACCAUUCCCGUCUUGACUUUGGUUAUGGAACAUUUAGAUCCAUCAUGUGGAAAUCCAUCAACAUUAAAGCAUCUUUGUAGCUUUACAUCAGACAAACCAAGUCAUCUUCCUGGCAGGACUAUAUAUGAUAUGAUUCUUAAAAGACUUUGGGAUCUUCAAUCAUUAGAUGAUCUUAUAUCGUUUUUUGCGAGUAUUCCAGGGCUAAUUUCCAGGAGACAAUCAACGCCAAUAAUUGGGAGACGGUUGUUGUUAUUAAGCCCAUCUUCUUUUCUUGGAUCAUUUGUUAGAAAAUGUGUAGUUGAAUUUAAUAAUCUUCCAUUGGAUGAUGUAAUUAAAUUAUGGAAGGGAUUGAUAGGAUAUAGAAGUAUUUCGGUGCCUAAAUGGCUACAGAAGAAUAUAGAAAGAAGUAUGUUUAAUUCUAGUAUGGGAGUUGAAACAUCAUUAAAUGAAGAAAUGGAUGAGAAGAUAGAAAAUGAUUAUGAAGAAUGUUUAUCAGUUUCAGAUAUUGAGAGAUUAUUUGAAUUUCAUGUUAGUAAGAUGCAAAGAAAUAAGUCAAAAUUAAGUAAAGAAAUGAAAGAACGAUUGAAGAAAUUUAUGGAACAUAAUGUAUCUGUGCCAAAUAUUGUAAAUUAUGUCAAGUUUCUUGAUUCAUGGAGAUCAGGUGAUUAUCGAACUUCAUUUGAUUAUCUUUUUCGUUAUUUUGAUUAUACAAUGCGUAAUAGGGAUAAAACGGGAUAUCAAUAUGCAUUAUUAGAUUUAGCAAUGUUACAAGCAGAUUUUUAUUGUAAUAAAGAGGCUAUUUGGGCUAUUCAAGAAUCAAUUGAUACUGCAAGAGAAAAUAAAGAUCAUGCCUGUCUCAAUUAUGCUUUAUCUUUUCUUACAGAAUUUCAAAGGAAAGAAACAGAAGGAAUAACGGGACAAAGUGUAUCUGAUGAACAAGCGUUAAAUUAUCUUUUGUUAAAAGCAAAAGAAACUAAAAUGGUUCAUCUUCAAACUGUAACUUUCUUAGCAGAAGCAAAAAGAGCUCUUUUAGAAGAAGCUAUAAUUGAUAAGGCAUUCGAAAUGGUUUUGAAGUCAUUCAAUUUAGCUUUAGAGUCAUGUUCUACAAGUUUAAUUUCAUCUUGUAUACUUAUGCAAAGUGGGAUUUGGUCAACUUUAGGCUGUUCUUAUCUUUGUUCUGUUUUAUUAUCUAUCUUUAUCAAAUAUCCUUAUGAUGAUGUAUCUCUUGAAGAAGUUGUUAGGUUGCGAUGUGCAUAUGCUUUUCAUUUAUCAAAAGAAGGAAAGCUUGAUGAAAGUAAAAAGCUAAUGAUUGAAACUCAAGAGAUUGCAUUUAAGUCUCAUAAGGUAUAUCAUGUUUGGUCAUCUUAUUUUCUAUAUCAGGAAUUGAAACAAGCAAUUCGUAGAGAAGAUCUUCGCUAUGCAGAAAAAAUUUACCAACAAUUAUCAUCAAUUGAUGUUGAUGGUGAUGUUUCGUUUUAUAUUUCUAUUUCUGAAAUAGAACUUGAAGCAAAAAAAGGGAAUUUUUCCUUGUCUUUUGAUAAACUUUCAAUUAUGCAGAAUCGUGUAAAGAUGUCCGGAUUUGAAGGUUUAUAUCACUUAAUGUUAUUACUGGUAUCAGCACAACUUUAUAUUGAAUGUCAACAGCCUUUAAAAGCAUUUUCAAUUGCAUCAAAAUCCAUUGUUUUAGCAACAGCGCAUCAUAAUGUGCCUCUAGUAAUAAAAGCAAUUUUAUUAUUUUCACAAAUAUUGUUAUGUUUAGAAGAGUUUUCAGCUGCAUAUGAUAUUGUUCAAAGAUUCAUACCAAAAAUAUUAGAAACAUCUGAUCUAGAACAUGAAAGCAUUGCUUAUUUUAUCAUGGCUGAAAGCAUGUUUGGACGUUAUCAAAAGGAUAAAAAUCUUGAAAUAAAUAUAGUAGAACAAGAGGAAAUUUCAGAUCUUCUAGAUCAGGCAUUAAAAGGGUUUUUAAAAUUACAAGAUGUUAAAUAUGAAAAUAAAGUAUUAAGAAAAAAAAAUGAAUUUUGUCAAAGAACUGGACGGAUUUUUGAAGAUAAAUUGAAUUGAUUAGAUCGAUUGAAUUUAAAUGGUACAGGAAAUUAGUCAUUUAAAA